GUUUGGCGGGGUGAAGGGGGGGAGCAGGCAGGCAACUGUCGGGUCCCCAUAAGCUGGUGCUUGCUGCUCUGCAUCUACUCUCUCGUUCGACCUCGCCUCGUUUUACCUAGCCACAAUGAGCACAUCACGACUGUUUGGAACUGUCCGCACGGCAGCAAGGAGCGCAGCGAGCGGUGUGCGCCGCGCGACCACGUCCGCCGGCGGCAGUCGCGCGGGGCCCUCGCGCUUGGCCCUCGGCGCGGCCGUGGCCAUUGCGGUUCCGACCGCGCUCUACCUCUCCCGUGGUUCCACCGAGCUCGACUCGCGCGCGGUCGCCGUCAAGCCCCGCAAGGCCAAGGCCGGCGUCGUCUCGGUCGCUGAUGUCGUGCAACGCGCCGAGGGAGACGCCGUGUGGGUCGUGAUCAAUGGCGAGGUGUACGACAUGACAAAGUUCCUCGACGACCACCCCGGCGGGCGGGACAUCAUUCUCGCCAACAGGUCGCGCGACGUGACGCCGCUCUUCAAGCCGCGCCACCCGUCCGACCAGCUCGAGGGGCCGAACCUGCCGGACAGCGUGGCCAAGAUCGGGCCGCUCGACCCUGCGGCGUCCGAGGCCGAGCUCGACGCCAUCAGGCUGCAGAUCUCGGCUGAGCAGCUGGCCGAAGAGGAGCGGAUCCGGGCCGAGCGCGCGGCGUUCGAGGAGCGCGGGCUCGGGUCGGUGAUCAACAUGCGCGACUUUGAGCGCGUCGCCGAGCCGCUGCUGAGCACUGUCGCGUGGGCAUACUACGCCUCGGCGGGCGACGACGAGAUCACGAAGAACACCAACGCGUCGGCGUACCAGCGCGUCGAGUUCCGCCCGCGCGUGCUCCGGCGCGUCGGGGCGGCCGACGCGUCGACCACGCUACUGGGCUGCCCGUCCUCCAUCCCGGUCUUCAUCGCGCCCGCAGCGAUGGCCAAGCUCGGCCACCCGCUAGGCGAGGUGAACCUGACGCGCGGCGCCGGCGCGACGGGCAUCAUCCAGGCGAUAUCCUCCAACGCAAGCUGCGGGAUUGACGAGAUGGUGGCCGAGCGCCUGGACGGCCAGCCGCUCUUCUACCAGCUCUACGUGAACCGCGACCGCAAAAAGGCCGAAGAGCUCAUCCGCCGCCUCGACGCAAACAAGUUUGACGCCAUCAUGCUCACGGCCGACGCGCCAGUCGGCGGCAAGCGCGAGCGUGAUUUGCGCCUCAAGGGCGAGUUUGAGGGCCCCGCAGGCGGCGUGAGCGUCAAGUCGGACGACACGCAGGGCGUGUCCCAGGCCAUGUUUGCGGGUGUGGACCCGGAUCUCAACUGGGAUGAUCUGAAGUGGAUCCGCAGCAUCACGUCCAUCCCCAUCAUGAUCAAGGGUGUCCAGACGGUCGAGGACGCACUGCAGGCGUACAACGCUGGCGCGGACGGCAUCCUGAUCUCGAACCACGGCGGCCGGCAGCUCGACACGACACGCCCGUCGCUGGACGUGUUGCUAGAGAUCAGGAAACACGCGCCGCAGCUCCUCCGGCCCGAGUUCCGCGCGCCGACCGGCCCCACCGCCGAAAGCCUCGCGCACCCCGAGCGCCUGACGCCUGCCGACGACGCGAGCGCCAAGCCCCUCCCGCGCCGGUUCGAGAUCUUCAUCGACGGCGGCAUCCACCGCGGCACAGACGUCGUCAAGGCGCUCUGCCUCGGCGCGAACGGCGUCGGCGUCGGCCGCGGCUUCUUGUUCGCGCAGAGCGUCGCGGGCGAGGAGGGCGUCGAGCACGCCGUGAACAUCUUCAAGCAGGAGAUCGAGCUCGCUCUCCGCCUCCUCGGCGCCAACAAGAUCUCGGACCUCCGCCCGUCGUUUGUCGAGGUCAAGGAUAAGUGAUCAGUAGUGUGUGGGCCGGCCAGCUAGCAUAUGCAUGGGUGC